AUGUCAGCAGAUAAUGAGCUUAACGUGGAUCAACUGAUUACUCGUUUAUUGGAAGUUCGAGGAUGUCGCCCAGGCAAAACCGUUCAAAUGUCUGAAAGCGAAAUUCGCGCCUUGUGCUACAAGAGUAGGGAAAUAUUUAUAACGCAACCAAUUUUGCUAGAAUUGGAAGCCCCUCUUAAAAUUUGUGGGGAUAUCCACGGUCAGUACAACGAUUUAUUGCGGCUUUUCGAAUAUGGUGGAUUCCCGCCUGAAGCGAAUUAUUUGUUUCUCGGUGAUUAUGUCGAUAGAGGGAAACAAAGCUUAGAGACUAUUUGCUUGUUGCUUGCGUACAAAGUAAAAUAUCCAGAAAAUUUCUUUUUAUUGAGAGGUAACCAUGAAUGUGCAAGUAUCAAUCGUAUUUAUGGUUUCUAUGACGAAUGUAAAAGGCGCUUUUCAAUUAAACUUUGGAAAACAUUCACCGAUUGUUUUAAUUGUCUUCCAAUUGCUGCACUUAUCGAUGAAAAAAUAUUUUGUUGUCAUGGUGGUCUUUCACCUGAUUUACAAAAUAUGGAACAAAUAAGACGAAUAAUGCGGCCAACAGAUGUACCCGAUACAGGUCAGAUUUUACAUUGGUUGGAGUCAUCAAGACUGGAAUCCAUCGGUGUUCCGAAUUUGUAUGAUUAUGGGGUUUUCGUUUUCGAACAGGUUAUUAUUGUAAUUGUCAUUUUAAAUUUUCGCUCAGUUAAGGAGUUAAGUUUAGAAUUAGACGGGUUUUCUCACCUUGAUGGAUGUGCGAGAAAAGAUGGAUUGCUGUGUGAUCUGCUUUGGUCAGAUCCAGACAAAGAUGUGCAGGGAUGGGGCGAAAAUGAUCGAGGCGUAUCAUUUACAUUUGGUCCAGAUGUAGUCGCCAAAUUUUUAAAUCGACAUGAUCUUGACUUGAUAUGUCGAGCUCAUCAGGUAUUGGAACAUCGCUUCAAAUAUUUGCAAUCCACCUUUAUUUCAUCGAUGAUGGCAUGGUCUAGUACCGGCGACAUAUCUAUCAAGUAUCUGCCUUAUCAACUUUCGAUGGUAGUUUAUGUGCCUACCAUGGUUGUAACGGGUAACGGAGAAUAA